AUGGACGCCGAUGAGGAACCGCCUGAAUUGGUUCAUAAAGAGUCACGUGGUUCCAAGUGGAUGCUCAUUAUGGCAAUGGAUUUCUGGGGCGUGGCGUUCUGGCGACUCUGUCCUAAAAAAAUGACCGUCACUUCUGAAGAGUAUUGCCAGUUUCUCGACGAUAAUACCGACAAUUGGAUGGCACAGUUUUUUGAAGAAAAGGUGGCUGAAACCUGGUUUCAACCGCCGUAUUCUGCCGAGCUCCAACCGUGCGACUUCAACUGGUUCGGUCAAAUGAAGACACGUCGCAGUGGCAAAUGCCUUGACAACUGGUCGAUCGCCGAAAUGGACAUCAACAGCAUUUUAUCUGCACAUGUUGAAGGAAAGAAGCUACUUGGUGUCCAUGUGCUACCUGGACGCUGGGAGAGGGUCGUCAACAAUGAUGGAGCCUACCUGACAGAACACUAG